AUGGAUGUUCAGAUUUGCUCUGAGCCUUUCUUUAGGCUUCUGAACCUGCGCAAGCUGGGCCUGAGUGACAAUGAAAUCCAGAGACUUCCCCCUGAGGUUGCCAACUUCAUGCAGCUGGUGGAACUGGAUAUCUCCCGUAAUGACAUUCCAGAAAUUCCUGAAAGCAUCAAAUUCUGCAAAUCCUUGGAGAUCGCAGACUUCAGUGGGAAUCCCCUCUCCAGGCUUCCUGAGGGUUUCACGCAGUUGCGGAGCCUUGGCCAUUUGGCCCUGAAUGAUGUGUCCCUGCAGAGCCUCCCCAAUGAUAUUGGGAAUUUGGCCAACCUGGUGACUUUGGAGCUGCGUGAGAACCUGCUAAAGACUCUCCCUACUUCACUCUCAUUCCUUGUCAAGUUAGAGCAGUUGGAUCUUGGUGGCAAUGACCUGGAAGUACUGCCAGAUACUCUGGGAGCAUUGCCAAACCUGCGGGAGCUUUGGUUAGACCGGAACCAGCUCUCAACCCUGCCUCCAGAGCUGGGCAAUCUGCGCCGCUUGGUCUGUCUGGAUGUGUCUGAGAACAAGUUGGAGCAGUUGCCCAACGAGGUCAGUGGGCUGGUAGCACUGACAGACUUGCUGCUGUCACAGAACCUGUUGGAAUGCAUUCCGGAUGGGAUUGGUCAGCUGAAGCAGCUCUCCAUCCUGAAGGUGGACCAGAAUCGACUGACAGAGGUGACAGAGUCAAUUGGAGACUGUGAAAAUCUGUCAGAACUCAUUUUGACAGAGAACAUGCUGACAGCCCUACCAAAAUCCCUUGGGAAGCUGACCAAGCUGACUAAUUUGAACGUGGAUCGAAACCGGCUAACAUCCCUUCCAGCUGAGAUUGGAGGCUGUGCCAAUUUGAACGUGCUGUCCUUGAGAGACAAUCGCCUGGCACUCCUGCCACCAGAGCUUGCCAACACCACUGAGCUUCAUGUCCUGGAUGUGGCAGGGAACAGACUGCAGAACUUGCCAUUUGCUUUGACGAAUCUUAACCUGAAAGCCCUCUGGCUGGCAGAAAAUCAAUCCCAGCCCAUGCUGAAAUUUCAGACAGAGGAUGAUGAAAAGACAGGAGAAAAAGUUCUCACUUGUUACCUGCUUCCCCAGCAGCCCUCUCCCAGUCUAGAGAAUUUGUUGCAGAACAGUGUGGAUGAGAGCUGGACGGACACCAAUUUAAACAGAGUCAGCGUGAUUCAGUUCCUGGAUGAGCCCAAAGUGGAUGAUGAGGAGGAGUCUGGAGCUGAGAGAAGGGGCUUACAGCGCAGAGCAACCCCUCAUCCCAGUGAGCUGAAGGUUAUGAAGAAAGUGAUUGAAGUUCGGCGCAAUGAGGUAUAUGCUGCAAAGCCUGACACAGACCUGAAUUCUCCUAACUCAGAAGAGAAGAGGCUGAGUGCUAUCUCAAAUCGCAGUGAGGACUCACACCUUUCCAACAGCACUGCCUCUGCUGACUUUCGGGGAGAGGAGCAGGGAGAGGAAGGAGAGAGGAACUGGCCAAACGGGCGGGUGCCUGAGAUGCAAGAGCUGGAGAAGGAAGCAAAGCCAGGAGCUGAAGGGGAACAUAAAGAAGCAGCUGACCAAGAGGAGGAAGACGUGGAAGUGGAAUACAAUGAGCCCACUGUACACUUUGCUGAGGACACACUGAUACGGAGUGAGGAUGAGGAUGAGGAUGAAGAACGACCAUUCCCAGUGGAGAAACAGAGGCUAAUCCGCAAGGACACACCCCAUUAUAAGAAACACUUUAAGAUAACUAAACUGCCCAAGCCAGAGGCAGUGGUGGCACUCCUGCAGGGGCUGAACAGUGAUGGAGUCCCCAAAGAGGAAGAGGAGUUAGGAGGCUGCAGUAACAACACAGAGCCUGAGGAUCAGGAGGAAGCAUGGGAUGAGGAUGAUAUAAAGAAUGGAGCUUUAUCCACUCAGCCGUCAGUGAAGGGGGUGUCGUUUGAUCAAGCCAAUAAUCUGCUGAUUGAACCUGCUCGCAUUGAGGAGGAAGAGUUGACACUGACUAUCGUACGGCAGACAGGGGGGCUGGGCAUCAGCAUCGCAGGGGGCAAGGGCUCUACCCCCUAUAAGGGUGAUGAUGAGGGCAUCUUUAUUUCACGUGUGUCAGAAGAGGGUCCUGCAGCUCGUGCAGGGGUUCGUGUUGGGGACAAGCUCCUGGAGGUGAACGGCGUGUCCCUGCACUGUGCUGAGCAUCACGUGGCAGUGGAAGCACUGCGUGGAUCAGGAAGCUCCGUCUCCAUGACAGUUCUGCGAGAGCGGAUGGUGGAGCCAGAGAACGCCAUCACUGUCACACCACUGCGCCCUGAGGAUGACUACAGUCCUCGUGAGAGGCGAGGUGGUCUACGCUUCCCAGAGCGGCCUGAGGGGACACCUCCAACAGAGAGAUACUCCACCUGCCUCAUGCGCAAUGAGAAGGGUCUGGGCUUCAGCAUUGCUGGUGGCAAAGGCUCCACACCCUACCGGGCUGGUGACACGGGGAUCUUUAUCUCACGGAUUGCAGAGGGUGGUGCAGCCCAUCGGGACGGGACUCUGCACGUAGGAGACCGGGUCAUCUCGAUCAAUGGGGUAGACAUGACAGAAGCCAGGCAUGAUCAGGCAGUAGCGCUGCUUACCGCAUCCUCACCCACCAUCGUGCUGCUGGUAGAGAGAGAGGGUGCAGAGCAGCUCAGCGAGGGAGACUCACCAGGGGUGCCACGAGUGCGCAUGCAUUCCCCACCACCACCUCCCAGCCAUGGGGAGAGCCCACCUGAGGAGACACCUUCCCUGCAAAGGAACCAUCUGUCUAAAGGCCUGGAGGAUCAGUAUCCCAUUGAGGAGAUUCACCUUGUAAAAGCAGGUGGUCCCCUGGGACUCAGCAUCGUAGGAGGCAGUGACCAUUCAAGUCAUCCAUUUGGGAUUCAUGAACCGGGUGUCUUCAUUUCAAAGGUCAUUCCCCGUGGGUUGGCAUCUCGCAGUGGGCUCCGUGUAGGGGAUAGGAUCCUGGAGGUGAAUAGCAUCGACCUGCGCCAUGCUACCCACCAGGAAGCAGUGAAUGCCCUGCUCUCCAACACUCAGGAGCUGACUAUGUUAGUAAGACGAGAUCCACCUCCACCUGGUAUGCAGGAAAUAUGCAUUGAAAAGGCUCCAGGAGAAAAGCUGGGCAUCAGCAUCCGGGGUGGAGCAAAAGGUCAUGCUGGAAAUCCCUUUGAUCCCACUGAUGAAGGCAUCUUCAUUUCUAAGGUGAGCUCCUCUGGGGCUGCUGCCCGGGAUGGACGUCUGAAGGUGGGGAUGCGGAUCCUAGAGGUGAAUCAUCAGAGUUUGCUGGGAAUGACGCAUACAGAAGCAGUACAAAUACUCCGAAGUGUGGGUGAUGCGCUCCUUGUGCUAGUGUGUGAUGGCUUUGAUCCCAAGGCUGCAGCUGCCAUUGAGAUGUCUCCAGGAAUUAUUGCAAAUCCUUUUGCUGCUGGUAUUGGGCGCAAGAAUAGCCUGGAGAGUAUCUCGUCUAUUGAUCGGGAUUUAAGCCCUGAAGAAUUGGAGAUCCUGCAGAAGGAGAUGGAAAUGGUGAGAGAAGCAACUCAGUGGGAGAGAGAAGAAAUGGAGAAAGUGGAGUGGAUGCGUAGGGAACGGGAGGCAGCCACACAGCAACUUGAGGAGGAGGCAGAGAAUAUCACGAGUGAACCUUUGAGACUGGACUAUCGGACCCUGGCUGCUUUGCCCAGCAGUGGCUUACAGAGAGUCAAUCGCGCUGCUCCUGCGGGCGAGUCUGGGACAGGAAAUUCCAGGCGGGAAACCCCCUAUUCUCCUGGUAAUCAGCAGGCUUCCAUUAAUUUCAUUGCAUCGCAGGAUGACAGCAAAUCACAGACCAAGCCAGGCGUCAUUCAGCCUCUCUCCCGAGUGCGACAGAACACUGCCUCACGUAAUUUGGAGGACGGGGACAGCCCCAAUCCCUUCCAGCAACAUGAGCCGUGCUUCAAUAUCCAGAACUCUCCAAAGCCGCCUUCACCCCCCUCUCCUGAUGAGAUCCCCAUCAAUGUCAAGCAAGCAUACAAGACCUUUGCAGCAGUACCCUUGUCACACCCUCUGCUUGAGACAAAGGAAUUGCCUGGUCAGACCAGCACAGAGAAACCCAGAACCGCCCCAGAGGUGCUGCUGCCAAGUGGACUGCACAGCCCAGAGCAGCGAUCCUUCCGUGAGAGACAGAAGUAUUUUGAGAUUGAGGUGAAGCAACAGCAGAUGGAUAAGCCUCCCAAGCGUGUCUCCUUGGUAGGAGAGGAUGACCUGAAGAAGAUGAAGGAAGAGGAAGCCCGAAAACUGCAGCAGAAACGUGCCCUUCUGUUGGAAGAUGAAGGGGAAGAGGAUGAGAUGGUAAAACAGGCACCUGAUAUGAGCGUGCAAUCCAGCGUCAUCAUUGAAGGAAUUGAGUACAAGAUUGAGAGGCUAAAUGGAAGGAGCACCCAGGCCCCAGAAGCUCGACUCUCGGAAGCCAAUGAGAACAGCAGCUCGCAGAGGAAUUCGCUGGAAGAGGGAAUCAAGUCAGAACAGAGAACCAGCUCUGUGUCUGGGCUGAGUCCAUUAUAUCUUGGAGGAGGGGAUCCAGUGGUGGCGCCUGUGCGGACAGCCAAAGCUGAACGGCGGCACCAGGAGCGGUUGCGAAUGCAGAGUCCUGAGCUCCUGAGUGGCCAGGAGAAGGAACUUUCUCCAGCGGAGCGUCGUUUUUUGAGGGCAGCACGAUCCUCAGCUCUUGAAGACAGUAUUAAACAGUACGAGCAGGAUCUGGCCAGGAAGUUGUACCAAUCCCGACAGUGGGCACCUGCUCCUGGGGCCAGGCCAGCUCAGAUGCCUAGUCCAAUGCAGAGUUACGUCUCAAGAAUCCCUGGGUCAGGAAGCCAAUCCAGGAUGAAGUCACUUGAACAGGAUGCUCUUAAAGCCCAAAUGGUUAUUGCUAAGUCCAAGGAGGGAAAAAAACGCAGCACUCUGGAGCAGCUGGCAGAGUCACCUUCACCUGCUCCUACCCCAUCACCAACUCCACUUGAAGACUGCAGUCCCAGGAAUGUCACUUCUCCAGGAAGGCUGUCCCUGUCCGAAAAGAAGUUUGACUACCGGGAAUUUGCUGCUAUUCCUUCUUCCAAACCUGUUUACGAAAUCCAGUCACCUGAUGCAGCUGAUGAUCAUAGAUACAUAGAUGACAGCAGAAAUAACUCAGUUCUCCUGGAGCAGGAUGGGCAGCAAGAGGAUGAGGAAAUGUUAUUAACACAUGAUUCAUCAACACCUACUGCAUCAGCACUUGAAGAAAUGGCUCUGUACAGCAGCAAACGCAAACUCCGACACAGCCGGCGCAGUUUGGAGGCUGCUGUCCCUACGUAGAGGAUCUGAUGCACCUGGGCAAUGGGAUAGCCCUGCACAGGGCUCUUGAGCUUCCUGUGCUCCAGGGAUAGCACUGGACUGCCCCCCCCCAAAGCUGCCUCCUGGAUAGGAACUGAGCACCCCAGGGAGCAUUGUGGUUAACUAACUUCCUUUAAGGCUGUGAACCGCCCUCUUUUCUCAGCCCAUAAUGCACCGGGGCAUGUCCUAAACAGAAGGGGACAACACCAGACUUACUAAUGGCCAAUUGAGAGGAGGUGUGGGUAGGACAGUGGGCAGCUGCAGUUUGUUAGCCUGUAAAUAUUGGGGGGGAGGGGGAGGUAGGACAGGGAGAGCAUAAGAAUGAGAGUUUAGGGGGGGCUCCAGUUAUUUCUUCAACUUGGAUUUUUUUUUUUUUUAAUGGUUAAUAGAGGAGCUUCUAUUCUGGUAUGAAUUUGAAGGAAGUUCCAGCCUUUACUGCUAUUUAAUUUCCAGUCUUUUGCCAAAAAGCAUCUCCGUCCACCUCCCACACACACAGUGUCACCUCACUUUCUUCUGGGAGCCUGUGGAAGUGGAUAUUUUGGAGGCCAAAAAAAAAAAAAAAAGAAAGAAAGAAAGAAAAAAAAUUUCAAUGAAGUGCCUCCCUCUGACACGGACAACUGUGUGUGCUCAAGCAAAGACGACUGAAUAAGCAGGAGCCUGUGCCAGCUCCAGGAAGCAUCAGCUCCAUUCCACUUGCCUCUGUGAGAGCAGCUACCUGUUCCAUGUAAGAAACUGCUCCUGCCAGUAUUUUGUGCUCUUCUGGGCGACAGUUCCUUAGUACAUGUAAUUGUGCGUAUCUCAUGCACACAGAGUGUGAGCCACUCAACAUGCACACUGUACCAAGUGUCAGGGGAAGCCGGUAUGUGUCUUCUGUCAGAAUCAUGAUCGAGUUGGUGAACUGGGGCAGAAAGGAGAACCAAGCUGAAAAAGCUGUAGUGAGAAUAUAGCAGUGUGCAUGUGUGACAGCAAUAGGGGGCAGACUAGUUGGGGAUUAGGAUAUGGUGGCAGAGGUAGGAGGUGUAAACAGCAGAUAAGGGUAGUGGGUUAGGAUUCAGUAAAUGGGGAAAGGUAGGUGAUGUUGCUGGGUUUAAGUUAGGAGUAAUGGUUUCUUACAGGUAGGAGGAUACUAGUGGGUGAAUCCAGUACAUCGCCCACUAGCACUGAGGUGAAAUGUGAUAUUGAGGAGGUUCUAGGUAUGGCGCUCUCAAGGAAUGCCUGCCAGGCAGGGAGCACAAUGCCAGGAUGGGUCUGGCCUAUGCCUUGCAAUAACUACACAAUCCUACUCUCUCUGCCAACAUGUUGGCUUUAGGCCACUUUCCAUGCAGGACAGGGCGAAUAUAUGCUUGCUCAAGCAAGGAAAAAAAAAAAAAAA